AUUUACCAUUUAUAACGACAUCUGAAAUUAGGAUUAUUCAGACACAGAAAACUAGGAAAAAAGGAAACUAUCUCUAUAUUCUAUCUGCUUUUGUGCUUGAUAAAUACAUCAAGCAUGCCACCCACCUUCUGGAUCAGUGCUGUCUUGUCACUGCUUCUGAUGGUCACAUCAGUUUUAAUAAACGCAGAUAUAAAUGUCCAGCUCUGCUCUUUUGUGAAAGAGAAUUCAAAGGACCUCACCAAUAGCAACUUGAACAGGAUACCAUCAGACUUGCCAGAUGACACUGAAUACUUAGAUGUAUCUGAAAAUAAUAUCUCUAGUAUCAUCCACGAUGAACUGUACAGACUCACUCACCUAUGUUUCCUCAAGAUCACCCACUGUGGACUUCGAUUCAUCUCUUCUGAUGCCUUUUACAGGAACUCAGAACUCAAGAUUCUCAACAUCUCUUACAAUCUUCUGACCAUUAUACCUUACUUGCCUCUGCCACAGGUUAGGAUCUUAGACCUUUCUGGCAAUGAUUAUGACAACUAUACACUGCCAGCUUUUUUCAGUAACUUGACAUAUCUUACUACCUUCGCAAUUGGAAGUUCAAAAGUAACGUCAGUUAAGAUGAGUGAUUUGGCGCCACUUCGAAAUACACAUUUAAAACAAUUCACAUUUGGAGGUGACACUGAGAUGCAUACAUACGAGGCUGGUUCUUUUGCCCAAAUCAGAUCACUGGAGGAAAUGUCACUUAGAGUGAGCUUUUGUCACAACUUUGAUAUUUUCCAAACCAUGUUGAUGGACCUUGACCAAACACAUACAAAGAGAAUCAGGCUAAUCAAGCUCUUCCCAGACCAGUGUACAAUUACAGGUGAUCCUUUCGAAAGCUUUGAGAAAUUCCAUGUAUUGUCCAACUUAACCAUUGUUGACACCUUAAUUAACAGCUCAGUCAUGGUGAAACUCCUGCAAAGUGUGUGGAAAUCAUCAUUUGAAGAACUUGAAUUUCUGAACAUAACUUAUAAUGAAGAUACCCCUUAUGGGUUUCAAUUCCCCAGUCAAAACCAUACACUCAAUUUACGAGCAAUUGUUUUUGACGGCAUAAACCACUAUCAAUAUCACUAUCCAACAAUCAACAUGAGCAUGGAUUUGAUUUCUCAGCUGACUUACAUGAAAUUCUCUGGUUCUGGAAUGAAUAUUCUUCCAUGCAAUCUCAUUUCAGUUAUCCCAUCACUGCAGAUUUUGGAUCUGUCUAACAACCUUUUGGACGAUACCGGAUUCUGGUGGUAUUUGUGCUCUUAUGAAGGUGUGUUUCCAGCUUUGAGACACCUUUCGUUAAGCAAGAAUCGUUUUUCUGAUCUGGCCUAUAUUUCUAAAAGGACUCAUGAAAUGAAAUCUUUAACAUCCCUUGAUUUAAGUUUCAACUCCAUUCAGAUUGGGAGUCAAUGCUUAUGGCCAUCACACCUAACGAAACUAAAUCUCAGCCAUAACAACUUGGGCGACACUGUAUUUCAAUUCCUGUCCCCUCAUUUUCAAGAGAUUGACCUCUCCAAAACAGGCAUAAGUGUCAUUUCCCAAUAUGUCCUCUCACAGUUCCCCAAACUCACACAUCUUUUCUUGAGUUGUAACAGCAUACAGUUCAUUCCCUCAGAUCUCCAUGCACCAGCACUGCAAACUCUUUACAUUGAUCAGAAUGCCAUCACAUCUAUUGACCAGGCUGCGCUAGAGGGCCUCUCUAGCCUGCAGACUUUAAAAGCCGGCAACAAUCCAUUUGUUUGCGAUUGUGACUCUUUUUGGUUUAUUACCAUGUCGAACAAAGCUCUUCUUCCUGACUGGCCAUUUGACUACACAUGCAGUUCUCCACCAUCACUAGCAGGAAAGUACUUAGACACAUACAAACCAGGAAAGCUUUCCUGUCUACCGGGACUCCAGGCAGCAGUGGCUCUACCAGUAGUUAUUGCUAUUACAGGUGUUUUGGGCAUAAUUUUCUAUGCAUUUGAUGGCAUUUGGUACACCAAAAUGCUCUGGGUAUGGAUAAGAGUGAAGCGUCGGAGCACCAAACAAGCAAAUAAAUCAACGAACAGCAACUUUCUUUACCACGCAUUCAUUUCCUACAGCCAGCACGACUGCACCUGGGUGAACUCCGAACUAGUCCCAACUUUGGAGAGCGCAGGCUUGUCUAUCUGCAUUCACGAGCGAGACUUUGUACCUGGCCAGUGGAUUGUGGACAAUAUCAUUAGAUGUGUGGAAAGGAGCUACAAAACAAUCUUUAUUCUCUCAGAGCACUUUGUUCAGAGUGAAUGGUGCAACUAUGAGCUCUUUUUCGCCCAACACAGAGCGAUAAGUGUGAAUGAUGACUCUCUGGUCUUCAUUCUGUUGGAGCCCAUCCCAUCUGACUCUCUGCCUAAGAAGUUCAUGAGACUGAGAACCUUACUAAGACAGAAAACAUAUCUAGAGUGGCCAACAGAUGAAACAAAGAGAAAGGUUUUCUGGUCUAGUCUCAGGUCCAUCUUGAAGACUGCAGACAAAAGUAUGGUGCUGAAAGAUAUUGCUUUUGACAUAGCUGAAAAUGCGCUUUUAUUAAAUGAGCAAAGGUAAAGAUCCCCAGCAAACUGCCAUUUCACUCAAGUACAUUUAUUUCAAUGGCAGCUCCAGGAGAAUCAAAGCAAUAACAGUGUGUUCCAAGGUCUUUUAUUUCUUUUAUACUAUAAUUUGGCAAUUAUUGUAAUUUUCAAUCAAUUAAACAUUAUUUUUAAUUUCUUUAUAGUAAACUUUGAUAAUGUGAAAGCUGACACGCAAGUUAGUUACAUUAUAGCAGCUAAAAUACCAAUUAAAUAAUUCUCCAUAUAAACGCUUAAUUUGUCCGUGCAAAGUUUUUGCUCCACAAGUCUUCGAUAAUGUAAUGAGAAACGUGUAUUAUAUAACCUUUGCACCUUGAAAUAUUCUGUAGAAUUGUACAUCGCCAUGGUAUAAAUAAGUAAAAGAUCGUGAAAAAAAUCACUGAACGCUGUAUGAACGAUUUUAUAAAGUGUUUUUGGCAGUUGCAUAAAUUGCCUCAACUGAACAAAUAAUGAAUUUAUUGUGUAAAAUUACAAGUGCACGAAUGUUCAAAGUGACUUUGUCUCCCCCUACUGUUAAAUGAAUAUUUGCUAUAAAUUUCAGUAUACAGUGUGCAUUAUUAGAUAUUUGCUUAUUUGAUAGAAACUUGUUUUAUUUUAUAGUCAUAUAAUAUAUACAUACAUACAUAUAUAUUAUAUAUAUAGAGAUGUGUAUGAUGACAUUGGUUUUGUUUUUUGUUUUUUAAGUUAUUCUUCAAAAAGUCCCUUCUGUUCAUUAGAAUUUCCCAUGUUUUCAUUUUGUAGCAGGAAAUAUAGCAUUGUUGAUCUAAUCACCUGGGAAAAAA